AUGUUCAAACAGCUGUCUCUGCUGUAUGAGGAAAACAAAAACGACACCCCAAAGUCAUCCACCCCAGCUACGUCAUCACCUUCGUCUCCUGGCCAUGGCGCCCUCAACCACUUUGACUUUAAAACAUUCUCUUGGAAGACUUACAUGGAAAAGAACAAAUUCAUUGCCAUUCCAUACAAGUCAUUCCUGCCUUCCCAGCUGUGUCCGACUAAGGAGGACCGAUUCCAAUUCCAAUUUCAAGUGGGCAUGAAGUUGGAAGGCAUUGAUCCGUUUCAUCCAUCACGGUUUUGUGUACUCACUGUGACGGAAAUAAUCGGCCCUCGUCUCCGACUCCAUUUUGAUGGAUACAAGCGAAAGUACGACUUUUGGGUGAACUCAAGCAACGAGUUCAUCUUCCCAGCUGGCUUCUGCAGGAGCACCCAUCGUAAGCUUGAGCCGCCACGAGGCAUUGCAGCGGAUGACUUUGUAUGGGAGCGCUACCUUGCUGAGACCAACGCUGAGGCUGCCCCAUGGACUCUUUUCACCUGCCCAACAGAUGAUCGUGCAAAGUUUGCAGCCGUGGUCGCCACUGGCUUCAAUGUAGGCAUGAAGCUGGAGGCAGUGGAUCGAGCCAACAACAACCUAGUGUGUGUGGCGAGCAUCAAAGACAUUCUCAAUGAUCAUCUGUUGAUUCACUUUGAUGGCUGGGAUGACAGUUACGACUACUGGGCCCACCACACAUCACCGCUCAUUCACCCCAUCAACUGGUGCAAGUCAAGAGGGAAGCCACUGACAGCGCCGAACAACUAUCAGGGUGGUGAGGCUUUUAACUGGGAUACCUACCUAGCUGAGACUGAUAUGGUUUCAGUGCCUGCACGCGCCUUCAAAACAAAGAUUAACAACAGCUGGAAGACGGGAAUGAAGUUGGAAGCCUUGGAUCUGCAUAACCCUCGCUUCAUUCGCGUGGCCACAAUUGCCAGUCGCACGGGGCAUUUUGUGAAAAUUCACUUUGACGGCUGGGAUGACAAAUACGACUAUUGGAUUGAUGACGACUGCCCUAACCUCCAUCCAAUUAAUUGGUGUUCCCAGGCUAAUCAUCCUCUACAGCCGCCUCCAUCAUUUGUCCAGAACUCUAAAAAGACCAAAACAACUUGUACAGUUACAAACUGCAAUGGCCGUGGGCAUGUUCGCUGGUACAAUCACAGGCGUCACGACACAGUGGAGGACUGCCCGUACAGUGACAAAAACUUGGACACUGAGCCGACUGAUCGAUAUGAAAGUGACAAUGAAUCUGUGGAGAGCGAUGAAGAUGAAGGUGGUGAGGACGAAGAUGAUGAUGAUGAUGUGGAAAACGAUAAAGAAGCAGAAAACUUAGAAGUCAAAUCAGAAGAAGAAAAAGACGGUAUCAGUGAAGAGAACCAACAGGACCAAAUGGAAAUGCCAAUUACAAAUGGCGUUUUCAGUUUCAGCACAGAGGAAGAUGAACAGGACUUACUCAACUACAGCAUUGCUUUGCUGGAACAGGACUACUGCACAGUCAAACAAAAGAAACCAAUACUGAGCAGAUGCAACUACCUACUAAAUGGUAGCGAGGGAGAGUUUGAGCUAAAGAAGGUCACCACUUGGGACUACACUCUUGUUGAACGAUUUGUGCGAGCUCUAACUGGCGAUGAACAGUCUGCUGCUUUGUUUUCGGACGAGAAAAUUGACGGCGAGGCAAUGUUGCUGCUAAAGCAGAGUGACAUCACUGAUCAGCUGCACCUCAAGCUGGGACCUGCUACGAAGUUAUACAGUUGUAUUGCCGAAAUAAGGGCGGCUUUGUUGGCUAAGGAUUAUGGUCAUCAGCAGGUGCAGGAAUGA